AUGUUAGCUCUCAAGACAAGUUCAAGACUCGCGGGCAAAGUUGCCAUCGUCACUGGCGGUGGCUCUGGCUACGGAGAAGGAAUCACCAAGAGAUUUGCUCAGGAAGGGGCUAAGGUUCUCAUCGCGGAUAUCAACGAAAGAGGCGGCAAGACGGUAUCUCAACACAUGCCCAACUCCAUCUCAUUCAUCAGAGCAGACGUAGCUGUUGAAGGAGAUUGGCACAAGCUGAUUGAGGCGGCGAAAUCCCGCUAUGGCCGCCUAGACUGCCUCGUAAAUAAUGCGGGCACAACGUACAGCAAUAAGCCAACUGUGAAUGUGACGGAGAGAGACUUUGAUAAGUGCUUCAACGUCAAUGUCAAAGGAGUCUUCUUCGGUGCCAGUGCGUUCAUCCCCGAACUGAUCAAACAAGGUCAGGGAGGCACAGUGGUCAACAUCGCUUCGGUUGGAGCAACCCGGCCUCGACCCGGCCUCGUUUGGUACAACGCAUCCAAGGGUGCCGUGUGCAAUGCCACCAAGGGGCUUGCAGCCGAGUAUGGGCCUCACCAAAUCCGUGUCAAUUCCGUGUGCCCUUUGCUAGGCGGGACGGGACUUUUUGAAGCAUUUUGUGGGGAGCCAGACACGCCAGAAAACAGGGCGAAGUUUACUUCAAACGUUCCUCUGCAACGUCUUUGCGAACCAGAGGAUGUAGCCAAUGCGUGUUUAUUUUUGGCUUCAGAUGAAAGCCAAUUCAUAACCGGAAUCAAUUUGGAGGUGGACGUUGGUUUCAAGGCAACAUAUAAGAAAUGCGUCCUCAAACCGCAGAUCUUAAAAGGUGGCCGUGCAAAUGGUAUAUUCGAUAAUGGCUUGAAAGGUGGCAUCCAAGUUGCCGAAACGGCAGUCGCGGGACAAGAGAUUGCAGCAAAAAUGUUCGGGCAAUGGUUGAAGACAAAGCAGACUACAACCGACGGCAUCAAAGUCAAUCAAAUCUACGUUGCCGAGUCUAUCGAACACGACGACGAAUGGUACCUGGCUUUGACCCUCGACCGAGAAAACUAUACUCCCGUCGUCAUUGUCUCUAAGAAAGGCGGUGUCGACAUUGAGACAUUGGCUAACGAGAACCCGGACGAACUACACAGCUUCAAAUUUAGCUUGACCAGCGGUAUCACAGCUGAACUGGUCUCUCGCAUUUCUGAGUGUCUCAAGUUGCCCCCGAAGGAGAUGGAAAGCUUGAGAAAGACUCUGACUGGAUUGUACAACCUCUUUGUCGCUAAGGAUGCCACACUUCUUGAGAUUAACCCUCUGGCUCGAUCCUCAAAUGGCAUGUUUACCUGUUUGGACGCGAAAUUCACUUUCGACACUGCAGCAGAGAAACGUCAGAAGGAAUUGUUUGCUCUGCGCGACCGUGAGAAAGAGGUGGAGGAGGAGCUCGAAGCCGAGAAGCACGGUCUCAUUUACAUCAAAAUGGACGGAAAUAUCGGCAAUGUUGUCAAUGGUGCUGGGCUUGCGAUGGCCACAAAUGAUGCCAUUUUCGAUCAUGGUGGCACGAGUGCCAAUUUUCUUGACGCCGGCGGCCAGGCGACAAAGGAGACAAUGCAGAAGGCAUUUGAAAUUAUCCUGAGGGAUGAGCGGGUCAAGACCAUUUUGGUCAACGUCUAUGGAGGAAUCAUUCGAUGUGACAUGAUUGCAGAGUCGAUCAUCGGUGCAGCUACUGCAUUAGGCCCAUUACGCGUGCCUCUUGCGGUCCGACUACAAGGAACAAACUCUGCGGAGGGUCUUAAGCUGAUUAAAGACGCGGACCUUGGCCUCCAUGUGGAGUCUGACUUUGGGAAGGCCGCGGCAAAGGCAGUAGAAUUGGCUGGGAGAUGA